AUGAAAAUAAGAGGCGACAAACAAGAAGGAAAAGCUGGAACAACCAUCACUGGUAUGCGCACCAGAGCAAUUAUCGAACGAUUUUUAAAAAAAUUUCUUCGGUGCAAAGUGACUCGAUUCACUAUGUUUCUUGAUGAACAAAUUAACAAAUCGCGGCAGAUGAUGUUGAAGAACACAUCUGCAUCAAAUCGAGGCAGUCGUGAGCCUCUAGCUGCUCAGUGUACUGAUCAGCGUAGUCUGAAUCUCUUCACAAUGGUCGAAACGCAGAACUAUCCUACACACUUUGUUCCAAUCAAUUCCAAUUUCGGCAACCCUCUAAUUGCAGUCUUUCCUCGAAUUGCCACUGAUGAAGCGGAGAAGGCACCAACAAAAUAGUCAUGCUUUAGUCGGGAAAUUUGUUUGCUAUUAUGCAGGAGGAAGAAGUCAUGUGUACAUACAUAU